CAGAUCUGCAUUUUCCCUCCCAUUGGCCGUCCUGCGUGGGUACCAAGUUCCACACGGGAUUUCAUGGAUUGUCAGGAGAUGUCAGUGAAAAAAAGGGUCCAGAAUGAUUACUAACCCAUGACUCCCAACAGUAUGACAGAAAAUGGCCUUCCAGCCUGGGACAAGCCGAAGCCUUGUCCCCACGGCAAGCAGGAGUGGAAGCUUGUGGGAAUGUCUGAAGCCUGCCUGCACAGGAAGAGCCCCCCAGAGAGGCACAGCGCAUUGAAGAAUGAACAGUCGCCCCGGCAUCUCAUCCAGGCCACCUGGACCAGCUCCAUAUUCCAUCUGGACCACGACGAUGUGAACGAUCAGAGCGUCCCUAACGCCCAGACCUUCCAAACAGAAGAGAAGAAAUGUAAAGGCUACAUCCCCAGUUACUUAGACAAGGACGAGCUAUGUGUCGUGUGUGGUGACAAAGCCACCGGCUACCACUACCGCUGCAUCACGUGUGAAGGCUGCAAGGGUUUCUUUAGAAGAACCAUUCAGAAAAAUCUCCAUCCAUCCUAUUCCUGUAAAUAUGAAGGAAAAUGUGUCAUAGACAAAGUUACAAGAAAUCAGUGCCAGGAAUGUCGCUUUAAAAAAUGCAUCUACGUUGGCAUGGCAACAGAUUUGGUCCUGGACGACAGCAAGCGUCUGGCCAAGAGGAAGCUGAUCGAGGAGAACCGGGAAAAGAGGCGGCGGGAGGAGCUGCAGAGAUCCAUCGGUCACAAGCCCGAGCCCACCGACCAGGAGUGGGAGCUCAUCAAGACCGUCACCGAGGCCCACGUGGCCACCAACGCCCAAGGCAGCCACUGGAAGCAGAAGCGGAAGUUCCUGCCAGAAGACAUUGGACAAGCGCCAAUAGUAAACGCCCCAGAAGGUGGAAAGGUCGACUUGGAAGCCUUCAGCCAUUUUACAAAAAUCAUCACACCAGCAAUUACCAGAGUGGUGGAUUUUGCCAAAAAGUUGCCUAUGUUUUGUGAGCUGCCAUGCGAAGACCAGAUAAUCCUCCUCAAAGGCUGCUGCAUGGAGAUCAUGUCCCUUCGCGCUGCUGUGCGCUACGAUCCAGAAAGUGAGACUUUAACCUUGAACGGGGAGAUGGCGGUGACUCGGGGCCAGCUCAAAAACGGGGGUCUCGGGGUGGUGUCAGACGCCAUCUUCGACCUGGGCAUGUCGCUGUCUUCUUUCAACCUGGAUGACACUGAAGUUGCGCUCCUUCAGGCCGUCCUGCUGAUGUCUUCAGACCGCCCAGGGCUUGCCUGUGUUGAGAGAAUAGAAAAAUACCAAGAUAGUUUCCUGCUGGCCUUUGAACACUAUAUCAAUUACCGGAAACACCACGUGACUCACUUUUGGCCAAAACUCCUGAUGAAGGUGACAGAUCUGCGGAUGAUUGGAGCCUGCCAUGCCAGCCGCUUCCUGCACAUGAAGGUGGAAUGCCCCACGGAACGCUUUCCCCCACUGUUCUUGGAAGUGUUUGAGGAUUAGACUGACUCAUUCUCAUAAUUCCAACAGCACUGCUGGGUGUCAUUUCAUUCCAUUGCCUAGCUCUUUUUUGUUUGUUCCUUUAUUUCUCUGUGUUGGGAGGGAUUGUUUGGGGGAAAGGG